AUGGCAAUGGCCGAAGAAGCAUACGCCUUGGAUUUUGAAAUGACCAUUAGGACUAUGCGCCUAGAGAAGGAGUAUGAGAAGACUCUUUCGGAUUCCGCUCGUCUUCUGGAUGGCGAGAGGGACCGGGUACAACGCAUGGAGCUCUUGCUCUCGAAAUUUGAGAAUGAAGCUCUCCGAUUCCAAUUAGAGGAAGCAAAUAGGCAUCUUUUGGGAUUCACAGGUGCUGAUUCAGAGGCAUGUGUUCAACUUCAGGAGGCUUGCCAGGAAAUCGAUCAUUUGGAGCUUCAAGCACAGGCAUUCGCGAGUGAGAUUGACCGACUCAAAGAGGCACUCUCGACCCAAAAAAAUAAUUCGACUAGUUACAAUGCUGUCCUUGCAGAGAAACUCCAUCUCUCUAGAGAUAUUUCAACUCUACAGUCAGAGCUUGAGCAGUUCAGAUCGCAGAGCGCAUCAUAUCAAGCCAUCAUUUCCGAGAAACACGAGAUGGAACGGCAAAUAAACUCGCUGGAGCUUCAACUUGACAAUGAAAAACAUGCCCAUGAACGCACUCAGGCUAAGGGAUCACAUCAAAUAACAGAGAUCACCCGGCUUUCUGCUCGGGUUGAAGGGUUAAGGAAUGAGCUAGCGGAGGAAUUGCGAGCUAAACAGCAGCAGGAACGGGACCACCACCAUCAGAACUCGGCAUGGGCUAAUCAGCGAGCGACGUUUGAAGGAAAGAUUGAUUCGCUCAAACAACAAUUGCGGUCAACCAAGGACAAGCUCCAGGAAGCCCAGGUUGAAGUUCAGCAGCAACGCAGCCUCAAAUCACACGCAGGGAAUGGCUCUGAAUCCGGUUCUCGAACAGUCCCGCUUCAGCGUCCUGGCCCGAGUUGUCCUACCGGCGUGACGAUUGCAACACCUGGGGCUGUGCGUGUACACGAAAAACUGAAGAGGGAUUCGGCUAUGCCUGGUGAUAAGUCGGCAUUUUCCAUCACUCCAUUCUUGAACCGUACAGGCGCAGCUUCGGAUUCGCCAAUGGGCUCAGUUGGAGACGAAGACGACAUUCUUGGAGAUAUUGACACUCCUCGUGGACCACUUGGCAAGCAGGGCACUUUUGUCGAAUCAAAGCGUAUCGGUUCUGCCCUCGGGCGUCAACCAUCUCCAACAGAAGACCGCAUUCCAAUUACGAACCUCACCAAACCAAGGGUAUGUGAGGGAAAAAUGCCUGUCUCGUCACCAGAAAAUGAGACAAAGAACCCAACGUAUCGCCUAGAUCGCAGAUUGCCACCCACUGAGACCAAUGAGUCACGUGAACAGUCUCAGCAUGAACAGGCUAAGCCGAAGAAACGCAAACUUGGUGGCCAGCGUGAUCGGAGUUUAUUCGAGGAGGAUGAAGAAGAAGAGCUGAACCCAAACAAGAAAUUUGGACGAAAAUUUGCGAUAGGAAACGGUCGGGCUUCAACGCUGGGGAGUAAAACACAACCUAGUAGUCUGCCACGGGCGCUCGGGCUUGGGGCAGCACCUGUGGGAUUUUCUCCCUUGAAAAAAGACCGCAAACGAUUUUAA